AUGUCAAUAUAUGUUUCUCUAACUUCUCAUCUCUCUUUAUUUAUUCCUUUUAUCCCUCCCCUCUCUCUAUUUCUUUCUUUCUUCUCCCUCUCUCUAUAUAUCUAUCUAUUUCAUUCUGUUCUUUCUUUCUUUCUUUCUUUCUUUCUUUCUUUCCCAUUUUGUUCAUAUCUAUCUAUCUAUUUCAGUCUGUUCUUUUCUAUCAAUCUCCCUCUCUCCCUUCCCCUCUCUCUCUUUCUUUCUCUCUCUCUCCCUUCCUCUCUCUUUCUUUCUUUCUCACUCUCUCUCUCUCUCUCUCUCUCUCUCUCUCUCUCUCUCUCUGUUUUCUAUCUAUUUGAGUCUGUUCUUUUCUCUUUAUCUAUCCAUCUAUAUCAUCUUCUAUUCUUAUUAAGUUUACUAUUCGGAAGCGACCAAUAUUCUUAUACCCCCCACCCCCGCCGCCGCCAUGCCUUCUUUCAUAGAUUCAAUAGAUCAGCAUCAGUAUACGGCAUAUUCUUUCAUUUCUUUCUUUCAAAUUCUUCGUUGCCCGGGAAAACUGAUGAAUCUUAUUUGCUUCGUCCGCCUUCUUCAUCGAUAGUUUCCUAUUCUUCUUUCCUUAUUUUCUCUUUCUUUUCUUCUUUAUUUUCUAUUCUUUUUCUUUUCUUUCUUGUUUUCUCUUCUUCUUCUUCUUCUGUUGCUGCUUCUGCUGCUGCAGGCAAAAGCCUCUCUUCCUUUUUCUCUUCAGCUGUGUCCCUCCUGUCGUUCGACCCCGCAGCUCCAAGCAUACAACGCUCUAUAAUCGACCUCCAUUGUUAG